AUGGAGGAUGAAGAUUUUUCGAAAGAUCCUACCUCAUCUGUUCCAGAUAUUCAACAUGCAAAUAAUAGCAACAAUCCUAGAUCGCCCGUUGUUAUGCAAACUGAAACGUUACUGAAGGAAUGUGUAGAGGAUGCGAACCAGAGUUUGAAUUCACUUCUUGUUGUACCCUCCCCGACGCCUCAUCCGAUCGCCAAACAAUUAAUUUGUUCCGAAGAGAUUCCAACUUCCGAAGCAGCUGUCGCCAUGAAAGUUGUUAAAACGGGCGAGUUCAUAACUCAGGUCACCUCUUCCUUGCAGCCUGAGAACGCUGACGAUGUUAAGAGUGGGAACGACAAGUCAUUGCAGACAUCGCUUGGCUACCUGCGCUGGCUGACUACCGCCUUAACCUCUUGCCAGAUGACCUUCGAGGCCUGGCGUAAUAACAUCGCCUUCUACGUCCAUCAAUGGUUGCUGAUGGUGCGUAUCAAUUUGGCUCUCUUGUCUAGGCCUCGGCCGGCUUUGCAACUGGUCACACGUUACUUGGUUGGCUCAGUUGGUGUGGCUUUGAUUGCCGGUCUCUAUCAUAUUGAAAAAAUUUAUGACAAUAAUAUGAUAGUUCAAAAUCCUGGCGUAGAGCAUGACAAGGCCUUGAGAGGUCACGGGCUGGCCGGAAUCUCCAUCGCCGUUCCAAAAGGUCACGAUUUUGCUCUUUUAAUUGCACCCUUUCUUUCCCUUUUGACAUUGAUGAAUAAGUAA